AUGCAUUCCCUCGACACCUUCCGGCCGCUGCUCAAGGCACUCGUGCUCUCCCUCUCUCCUCCGCACGCCUCGCGCGCGCCCGGUGCGCCGCUGAGCGCCUCGCAGCUGCACUCGCUCCUCGCGCACCUGGCCGAUGCCGACUUCACCUCCAACGUGGCGCACCAUGCACUGCUCGGCGCGGCCCUCACCGCCCUGCGCCUCUCCGGCCUCGACGCGCAGCCCGAGACGCUGGCGCUGGCCAGCGAGGUGUUUCUGGCGCGCAGCAUCGGCGUGCAUGUGCCGCCGCCGCCGCCGCAGCAGGCAGACGAGGAGGCAGUGUAUACUGGCACCCUCGAUCUCGUAGGCACCGGCGGCGACGGACAGGACACGUUCAACGUCAGCACCACGGCCGCAAUCGUCGCCGCAGGCGUGCCGGGCGUGCGCGUGUGCAAGCACGGCGCCCGCGCCUCGUCGUCGACGUCCGGCUCAGCCGACCUGCUCAUGGCCCUCUCUAUUCCGCUGCCUCAACUGCAGCCUGCCUUACUGGCGCCUCUUCUCUCCUCGCUCGACUUUGUCUUUCUCUUCGCCACGCUCUACCAUCCUUCGCUCGGGCCGCUGGCGCCCAUCCGCAGGGCACUCGGCUUCCCCACCCUCUUCAACGUCCUCGGCCCACUCAUCAACCCCGCACGCCCGCAGCGAUGCGUGCUGGGAGUGCAUAGCCCCGCGUUGGGACAGACGUUUGCAGAGGCCCUCCGAAGAAGAGGCACGCAAAGAGCUUGGGUCGUGUGCGGCAAAGAGGGCCUGGAUGAGAUUUCGUGCGAGGGAGAGACGGAUCUGUGGGAGCUCAAAGACGGGCAAAUCCGCCAUCGGCUCAUCUCUCCUGCCUCCUUCGGCCUCUCCUCUCAUCCCCUCUCUCACGUCUGCUCCUAUUCCGCCUCUGAGAACGCGGCCAUCGUGUUGCGCAUGCUCUCCUCUGCCGAGGCCAGCCUGCCUUCUGCGCCGCUUUCGGCGCCCGAGGAGCUCGGCGAGGCGGAGAGAGGCGGCCGGGAUCUGCCGCCGAUUCCCAAAGGCGCGCGCCUGAGGGCACUGGCAGACUAUACGCUGCUGCAAGCGGCCGCCCUACUGCACGUCGCCGGGCACGGCAAGACUCUGCCCGAGAGUGUCGAGUUGGCUCGGACGUCGAUGCGCAGUGGCGCGGCGAGGACGGCGCUCGAGGCAUUCCGGCAUACAAGUCAAGAGGCAGUGGCCGCCGAGGAGAACAAGGUCAAGGCGCAGGAAGAACAGGAAGAGGAGCAGCGCAGCAGAAGAGAGGAGGACUUGAAGAAGGAAAGAGAGGGAGAUGAAUUCUACUACGCGCCGGGAAGAACGAGAGAUAUGGCCGUCGGCACUGAGUAG